CUACACUUUAAGGAAUCAUGGAGGUUUCAACCUUAAAGAAAAUUAUAGAUGAUUUUUGUGUCUCUGAAGAGGUUAACAUAGAAAAAACAGGUCUCAUCAUUGAUGGUGCAGCUCUGUACUACUCUUUGUAUUAUACGUCUGAUCCAAAGCUGGACCAGCGCUGUGGAGGAGAUUAUCCUGGAUUCAAAGAUGAGGUCUGUAAGUUCUUUGAGGCUUUGCAGGACUGUGAAGUUACUCCGUACGUCUUCCUGGAUGGAGGCUCAGGGCCUGAGAAGCGUGUUCAUCUUGUGUCUCGUCUAAAACAUAAACUGGAAAAAGCAAAGACAGUAGCAGAGACUGAGCCUGAUGCUGCACCAAAAGGAUGUAACGUUUUACCACCUCUGGUCAAAGAUGUCUUCAUAGAAAUCUUAAAGGAGAAAGACAUCAUGUUUGAACAGUGUUUAGGAGAGGCAGACCCUGUAAUUGUUUCUGCUGCAAAUCAGAAACAAUGUGCUGUGCUGUCCAUUGAUAAGGAUUUUUACAUCUUUGAUUUGUGCAAAGGUUUCCUUCAUCUCGACAACUUUGAGUGGAAAAGCAAGAAGGAUGGCAAAAUUCCUGCUAAGCUCUACACGCGUUCAAAGUUUUGUGAGCAUUUCAAAUUAGACCCUGCUCUCAUGCCAGUCUUUGCUUCAAUAGCAGGAAAUGAUUAUUCAAGAUUAAAAGACAAUGGUACCUUUGCAAAUGAAUCAUCUUCACCUGGUGAGUACAGCAUUAAAAGACUGGAUGGUAUGCUCAGGUUUUUAAGUAAAGUGAAUCUGGACGGUUUGAAUGACUCACAGAAGAGAGAGCGUGCUCUAAGUGAAGCUUUAAGUCAUGUUGGUAAAGAAGAAAACCAAACAUUCAAACUUUCCAUUCAAAAAUAUGUUGAACUAGAAGAACCAUGUUUUGAGUUGCCGUCAUGGGUGAGUAAAAAAGUUGAGAGUGGAGAACUCACCACUUUUGUCAUAAGUGUUUUAGAUCAGAAGACUAUGAUGCUGCCUGUUCUUGUGGAGGACUUUUCACAGCGCAGUAGUUACACAGCUGCUUACCACAUCAGACAGUACUUCUAUGGACUGUUAACUGGAGGUCAGAUGUGCACUGAAUAUGACAGGGAUAGAGAAGAGAUCAAAGACAAGCGUGUCCCAUCCAUUCUCCUCAGCAGUGAUGAACAGAAACAACUGAAAUUACAGCGUCUGCAUGAGGCUCCUGAGGGUUUGCGUCGCAGGGUGUUUGAAGAAGCUCUGCAGGUUCAGACUUCAGCCUUAGAAAACAUCCCCGACCAGCUGAAGCUGCCAGUCUGUGUGACUGUUUUCUGGUUCAAGAGGCUACAACACCACCCAAAACCUGAAACUGUCCACUGCCUCCACGCCCUCCUGCUGGGGUUUGUGUUUGACCAACAUGGUCCAGAUGACCUCUCCUGGAACCUGAACACCACCACCAUCAUGAACAAAGCCCAACAAUGUCUUCACUUUCUUAGAAAACUGAAGAAGGCCAGUCUCCCUCCUGCCAUCCUCAUCUUACCAGGCAAGCAUUGA